AUGCAAACGCUCCGCCAGUUCCUCAGUCCGGCUCCGUCACGUGGCUUCCGAUAUCGCCGACUCCCCUCCACAUCCCGCAUCCCCUCCACCGCCCGCCACAACUCCUCGCACGCUCGAAACCUUCACCACCAAACCCCCUUCCACUCCUCCGCUGCCGAAGCUCCCCAACAGCAACAAUAUCCCGACCCCCUCCCAUCCACCAACCCCGCCCUCUCCUUCCCCUGCCUCGACCACGUCGAAACCCGCUCCGCCACCCUCUCCCGACGCGCCCCCGGUGCCGGCCCAGAACCCUCCUACACCACCGGCCGCACCGACACCUUCCACAGCACCGACCCCCUCCUCCUUGACUGGGGCGGCAUCCUCCCUUCGUUCGCGAUCGCCCACGAGUCCUGGGGGACGCUCAACGCGGACCGCAGCAAUGCGAUCCUGCUGCACACUGGGCUGAGUGCGAGCAGCCACGCGGCGAGCACGGCGGCGAACGAAAAGCCGGGGUGGUGGGAGCGGUUUAUCGGGCCGGGGCGGCCGUUGGAUACGGAGCGAUUUUUUAUCGUGUGUACGAAUGUGGUGGGGGGGUGCUAUGGGAGCACGGGGCCCGGAAGCGUGGAUCCGGCGAAUGGGGAGCGGUAUGCGACGCGGUUUCCGAUCUUGACGAUGGAGGAUAUGGUAAGGGCGCAGUUUCGGUUAUUGGAUUCGCUGGGGGUGCGGAGGCUGUAUGCGAGUGUGGGGAGUAGUAUGGGGGGAAUGCAGAGCUUGGCGGCGGGAACACUGUUUCCGGAGCGGGUGGGGAGGGUUGCGAGUAUUAGCGGGUGCGCGAGGAGUCAUCCGUACAGUAUUGCGAUGCGGCACACUCAGCGACAAGUCCUUAUGAUGGACCCGAACUGGAACCGCGGCUUCUACUACGACGGCAUCCCCCCGCACGCCGGCAUGAAGCUCGCCCGCGAAAUCGCCACCGUCACCUACCGCAGCGGCCCCGAAUGGGAGCAGCGCUUUGGCCGGCGCCGCGCCGAUGCCUCGCGCCCGCCCGCCCUCUGCCCGGACUUCCUCAUCGAAACCUACCUCGACCACGCCGGCGAGAAGUGGUGCCUCGAAUACGACCCCAACAGCCUCCUGUACGUCUCGAAGGCCAUGGACCUGUUCGACCUCGGCGCGGAACAUCGGGAGAUGAUCGCGGGGUUGCGCGGCAAGAAUCAGUAUAAGCUAGAUGCGUACCGGCAGGGGGAGACGCUGGAGACGGCGGAGGCGGCGGAUCUGUGUACGUUGACGCUGCCGGAGACGCCGUACCAGGAGACAGGGGACGCGGAGGCGACGCUCGAGGAGGCGGCCGCGGCGGACAUAGGCGCUUCGGACGAGCCGCCGGCGGAUCUGGUGGCGGGGAUGCGCCCGCUUGCGGACACACCGACGCUGGUAUUAGGAGUCGCGUCCGAUAUUUUGUUCCCGUCGUGGCAGCAGCGGGAGAUUGCGGAGACAUUGCGGAAAGCGGGGAAUAAGAAGGUGAUGCAUGUGGAGUUGGGGGUGGAGCAAAGUAUGUUCGGACAUGAUACGUUCCUGUUGGAUUUGGAGAACGUGGGGGGGGCGCUGAAGCGAUUCUUGGAGCGGUGA